GCGGGAAGGCAUCCCAUUCGCGGCCAUUCCCCAACAAACCAGCGGAUGCGCGAGACGAUGGCGCCCCCAGCGCACCGCUCUUCCCCCCUCAUUCUUCUUACUCGACGGAGGAGCGUCGGUCGAGAAAUCUUUAGGCAAUUCUACUCUCGCCCUCUUCGAUUCGAUCUCCGUUUCGGUCCGAUCUGACUUCAGGGCGAAGAUGGUCCGAUCUGAUCUGAGUUUUUCCUCUCGUUCUCGAUGUUCUCUUGCCAAUCUCGGCGACUUCUGUGUCUUCCGUUAGAUUUCAUGUGGGGAGUAGAGUUUCUUGAAGCCCUUUGCCCUUCUCCGUUUAUUAGUGAUGAACGAGCCUGUUUAGCCGGCUGUUCGCGAAGGAGGUGAUGAGGAUCUUGAUGGUUGGGCUUAAUGCGGCCAGUAAAAUCACGAUCUUCUUGUUCAAGCUCAAGCUCGGAGAGAGAUCGCUACUACCAUCCCCGCUCUCGGAUUCAAUGUGGAGACCAUGGAGUACAAAAACAUUAGUUUCACCAUUUGGGAUGUUGGUGGCCAAAAUAAGACCUCUAUGGAGUUACCACUUCCAAAAUAUUCAGGGCCUUAUUUUUGCUGUCGACAGCAAUGACAGAGACUGUAUUAUCGAGGCAAGGGAUGAACUCCAUAGGAUGCUUAAUGAGGAUGAGUUACCUGAUGUUGUAUUGCUUGUUUUUGCAAAUAAGCAAGAUAGUCCCAGCACAAUGAAUACAGCCAAAAUUACUGAUAAGCUUGGGUUUCAUUCCCUGUCUCAGCGAUGCCGGCUUUAAACUUUAGGUUGGUGGACUAAGCUUGAUGCGUUAUUGCUCUGUUAGAUGAUUAUUAUUAGCAGUGACAUGGCAUAUUUGCUUUGAUUGCAAUCCCCAAGCCGCAACUUGUUGCUCAAGAAUUGGUGGUAACCAGGAGAUUGGAGAUCUCCUGGAUCAGCCUGUGUCCCACCUGCAUCUGCGAGAGAAGAUUGUGAAGAGGUUGCGUUCGAUCAGAGUUGGGACCAAAAACCAGCCACAUGAAUGAGUGUAGUACAUCCAUCGUCAACCUGUCAGCCUUGAUCUACUUCAUCAGAGAAUUCGUGAGCCAUGGAGGUCACCGUGCGCUCUGGUGAUACAACGCCAGCUCUGCCCUCCGAAGCUCGCAAGAACGUGGACUCGAACUCUGCCCUCCCGCCUGCUGACGAGGUCGGACCUUCCUCUAGGCCGGAAGACAUGGCAGCGCAGUCGCCGGAUGACGCUGAGAACGAUGACGACCUGCAAGUGGAAGAUAUCGAGGCACAGAUAUGGCAUCUGAAGGCACGGCUGAAACGCAUCAGGGACGGGAAGCAGAGCAGGAAGCGGCAACACUCGACUGAUCCCGCCACUCUGAGUGAGCUGGAGGAGCAGUCACGGAAGAAGAAGAUGUCGCGAGCCCAAGAUGGGAUUCUAAGGUACAUGAUCAAGCUCACGGAAGUCUGCAACGCCCAAGGCUUCGUCUACGGCAUCAUCCCCGAGAAGGGCAAGCCGGUGAGCGGCGCCUCCGACAGCCUGAGAGCCUGGUGGAAGGAGAAGGUGCGAUUCGACCGGAACGGCCCGGCGGCGUUGCAGAGGUACCGGAUGGAGCACCCGGUCCUUGUGCCCGACGCCGACAGCACUCCUCAGAUCUCCAUCUCCAAGAUACUGCUCGAGCUGCAGGACACAACGCUGGGCUCCCUGCUGUCUGCUCUGAUCCAGCACUGUGAUCCUCCGCAGCGACGGUUCCCGCUCGAGCGGGGGGUUCCGCCGCCGUGGUGGCCGACCACAAAGGAGGACUGGUGGCCCGAGAUGGGGUUCCCGGAGGACCAAGGUCCGCCGCCGUACCGGAAACCGCACGACCUCCGGAAAGCGUGGAAGACGAGCGUACUCAUCGCUGUCAUCAAGCACAUGGCGCCCAACCUCGAGAAGAUAAGGAGGCUCGUCCGGCAUUCCAAGUGCCUCCAAGAGAAGAUGACGGCAAAGGAAAGCAUGCUCUGGAACUCGGUGCUCGAUCAAGAGAGCCGGCUGCUGCAUGGCCAAUCGCUCCCCGACGCGACUGGGCAUUCCCACUUCUACACUGCUUCCGUGAGCAGCAGCCCCAGCGACUACGACGUCAAAGAAGUCGAGAACGUCCCAAAUGCCGGUCUCCUGGACCAGAUCGCGGCGCAGUCGGGCACUGGGAAGGAGGAGGCCGGAGCUCGUCUUUCUCCAUACCACGAUCAGAUGAUGGCGGAUUACUCUCAAAAGAGGGUGGCAGCCGAUGAGCCCGACCAAAGGAUCUAUACAUGCGAUCACCCUCGAUGCCCGCACCACGAUUACACCCACGGCUUCCUCGACCCGGGCUCGAGAGCUCUUCACCAGAUCCACUGUGCGUAUCGCAACGCCAUGAGUCAGCCACAGUCUCAGUUUCUGGGGUUCCAAGUGAACGAUAACAGAAGAAGCGCCGCUCUCUCUGCGCCCCGUCUCGACAAGCCAAUCAAGAAUGGUGGCGGACCUGCUCUUGUUUCACCUGACGUUGCUGGAAUCGGAGUCGCGGCUGGUGGUCACAAGUCCAUAGGUGAACUCUGCAACUUCUACGACGCCAAUCUCCCGAUGCAUGCAGCAGCAGCAGCUCAGGCUGAUAUGAACCGGCUGCAGCUUCAGAUCCAGAUGCAAGCCAAUGCUCUGCAGCCAGCUUCCGCUCCAAACCGGAUUCAGCAGUCUCCUCUGCAUCCUUCUCAUCAGAGAAGCGGUUCGAUGGCUCCUCAAGCUGCCGCGUCCAUGGAUCAGAAUGCUCUGCACGCGACGAUGUUCAUGGAGGGAAACUACGUCGCACAGAGUACUCCAAGAUUUGUCGGCGAUUGCUUCGGAGACGUCAGCAACAGCAUGCACCAGAGCCAAGAUUUACAGGCACAAAGUUUUCCUUUCGAUCCAACUUCGGGGAACCAAAACGCUGAUGUGCACACCAGAUUCACAUUCACUUCUCUUCUCAACAGUUCGAGCGGGGAAGUCAACGACGCAAUGGGUGGACGGCUGGGCGACUCGCUGCCGAAGAAAGAGGACUACGGCUGGAGAUUCUAAAACCAGACUCACGGCACCGCCGCCUGGUCGGGAACGGCGUUCUUUGCAUCGUUUAGUCAAACACCGCAAUUUGUUUCUCCUCUGCUUCAUUGUUCUAGUGAUUUGGUAAUUUAUUAGAUUUGCAUAUUUA